AUGUCUGAAUCCGAAAACACAGAUGUUGUAGACCAACAUACAAAACAUGAAAACAAUCCAAGAAAAAGAAUCCGUCAUCGUAAAAAACAUCUGUAUGAAAAUAUAAUGAAACAAAUGGAAUUCUACUUCAGUGAUGCUAACCUUAGUAAAGAUAGAUUUCUCGGAGAUUUAGUGAAAAAUGAUCCUUUCGUACCAAUCUCCGAAUUUCUCAAAUUUAAUAAGAUUCGGUCUAUGACGCAGGAUAUUAGUGAUAUUGUCAAAUCUAUGAAGCAUUCUACAUUCUUAGAAUUGUCAGAAGAUAAACUUAAAGUUAGAAGAAAAACUCCAAUGAUGCCUUAUGAUGCAGAUUUAAGGACAAUAUAUGUUGAGUCGAUCCCAGUAACAGCUAAUCGAGAGUGGUUACAAAGAGUAUUUUCAGAUUAUGGCCAAGUUGCCUAUAUAUCACUACCAAAGUUCAAGAAUUCAAAUAAAAUUAAAGGUUUUGCUUUUAUAGAAUUUUCUAAACAACAAGAAGCACAAAAGUGCUUAACAGCAUUCACUAAAAUGGGUUGCAAAUUACCUUUGUGUAUGCCACCUGAAGAACUAUCAUCAAUUAAAAUGUUCAGUAUUGAAAAUAUGGAAGAAAAUUUGGAUAAUAAUCCUGAUUUAAAAGCUGAGUAUGAACCACCGAAAAAAAAAGUUAAGAAGACAAAAGAUAAAAAGCCAUCAAAAUCUUUAGAUUUAAAAUUAGAUCAUGAAUCUGACAGUGAAAAGAAAAUUGAUACACCAACUGAUGAAAAUAAGGGUAUAACUACACCUAGUGAGGAAGGAAAAAACACUGAUGUCGAGUUUAAAGAUGGUAUGACAAGUAAUGAUGAAAAUAAACUAUUGGAUAAUACUCCAAGAAAGAAAAAGCUAAAGAAACGGUCUUCCAAAGAAAAAGGCAAAGACCUAGCCAAAGGCGAAGCCCCUAAAGGUGCUCUGUGGGGCCUUCAAGUUUUACCCAAAUGUGAAUGGAAGGCACUAAGAAAUAAAUAUUUAAAUUUGCAAAGGAAGUACAUGAAAGCAAUAAAGACAAAUUUACACAGCAAAAGACAUGGAUAUUCCGGGAUACCUGCACCCGCUACUCCCGCUAUGGAAGUUGAACCAGUGAACAGUACAAGAGAUAGUGAUAGUAGCAAGAAUGUGGAACCAUUAGAAAAGAUCCCUGGAGUGUUUGUCAAAGAAGUCCUCUCAGAGCCUUGUCUCGACGUGAGGCUCACUAAGAGAACAAUAAAGAGCAACAUCCACGCGUUGCACGUCGACGUGAAGGAAGGACAGUCUGACGUCAUCAUUCGGUUCGACUCUGCAAAGGCAGCGGAAGAGUACUGUGCUAGCUCAAGUACAGCGCGAGUGUUAUGCGGUACAGAGGAGCAAGAGCAAUGGCAACGCGCAGAGAGUGCUCGGACAAAUAAGCGUGUUAGAGGACGCACGCGGCUUCUCGUCAAGGCCGCCGCCCUGAACGAGCCUGCCGCCCUGGUACCGGCCUCGCCCCAGCCCACACACACACACAUACGAUUUGAAGAUGAA